AACAUGUGCUGUGGACCUGCUUCAUGCUGCCCGAACUGCGGUCCACCUUGUGGCGGUCCCUACUCUACGCCAUGUUGCGUGGAGCUCUGCUGUUCGCCCUGCACUCCAGCCUACUUGCAGUGCACCUUCUGUCCGUGCCAUCCACGAUGCUGCUAGCACAGGGGACGAACAGGAUAAGGAGUUAGCUGAGGAGAUUACUGAUCACAAUUAACAAAAAGAUAAUGUAAAAAAAAAAAAACAUUAAAUGUAACAGAAAUGA